AUGGGACAACAGCUUAAAGACAACAAAGGCCUCAUCUUGCCACCAGGGACUGUAGCAAGCUGCUUUUCAGCCUCAAUGGGAGUGUCAGGUGUGGGGUCAGGUGACACGACAGCAACUGUGAGUAGUGAUGCAGAUGGGGAAACUGGCUCUGUCAUUCUCGGCCUCUCAGACCUCCUGAUUGCUGCAAUGGUUUCACCGACUGAAAACAAAACUGAAACAGCUAUGCAGACUUCAGCAGUGGGAUCUGCAGCAGUUGCUUUCAUGACACUGAAUGGAAUGGAGAGUCUUUUAAGUCACAAAUACCUCCCAACAGAAAACAGAACAGAGAUGUAUUCCGAUGUUUUCACUGCGAUACUACCCAUCAACAACACUGACCUCACAGAGCCCGUCAACUUCACCAUCCAACAUAAGAAGAAGGUACCUGAAUCUGGAAUGGUAACAUGUGUUUACUGGGAUGAAAAAAGUAACAACACUGAAGAAGAACAGCAGAACAUUGAAGAAAAAGAGGAGAAAGCAAUGCGUUGGUCUGUCGAGGGCUGCUUGGUUUUGUACUCUGAUGAAAACUGCACAGUGUGCAGCUGCUCUCACCUUUCUACCUUUGCCCUCAUCAUGCAGAUUGGGGAGCCUCCUCCAGAGAGUGAUUUCUUGGAGUGGUUGAACAGAAUGUGUGUGAUUGUGGGACUGUUCUUCUUCGCUUUGGCUGUGUUCACCUUCCUCCUGUGCAGCUGGAACCCCAAAAUCAACAACACAGCCCGUCUUCACCUCUGUCUGAACCUGGGCCUGUCUCAUCUGCUACUGCUCUGGAAUGACAGAUACCUUGAGGAUGAGCUGGCCUGCACUGUCAUGGCAGGACUCCUUCACUUCUUGGUUGUUGCCAGUUUUGUGUGGAUGCAGUUGGAGGCCUUGCAGCUCUACUUGCUUGUCCGAAGACUCUCCAAAGUGCAGGUUAUCCAGAGAGAUGGCCUGCCCAAGCUGCUUCUGUACCUGAUUGGUUAUGGGGUUCCCUUUGUGAUCGUGGGCGUUUCUGCACUGGUGUAUUCUGAUGGAUAUGGAGCUACUGAGGCAGAAGCGUGCUGGCUCUCAAGACAGCGCAACUUCAACUGGGCUUUAACAGGGCCUGUGAUCGCCAUCCUUGGACUGAACUGGAUAAUAUUCUGUGCCACUCUGUGGAGCCUGAGACCCACUUUGGCCAACAUGAAAAGUGACGUUUCUCAAUCUAAAGACACGAGGUUGAUCAUAUUUAAAAUCCUGGCCCAGUUUGUCAUCCUGGGCUGUACGUGGAUUCUGGGUCUGUACCAGACAAACCUUUUCUUCCAGAUUCUCUUCAUCAUCCUCAACUCCCAGCAGGGCACCUUCCUUUUCAUUGUGCACUGUCUGCUCAAUAAGGAGGUGCGAGAGGAGUACAUAAGAUGGUUGACAUGCUCUUGCAGAAAAGACAGAUCAGCGACCGAUGAGCCGUCAGUCACUGAGGGCUGCGACAAGAUAGAGGAUCAGAGACACCAGGAUCCUGGGAAAUCCCCAUGA